CAAGUCAUACAAUUAAUGGCAACGCAAGGAUGCGAUUAUUUCCCGAUUCAUCCCCAAAUGGCUGUCAUUUUGUUUCAUCUGCGCCAAAACGUCUGGAUGGAUAUUUCUAUGGUAACUUUGGAGAAGGAAAUGAAAAGAUGCCACAAGGCAAGAAGAAAGGGGAGAAGAUGCUAAAAGAACAACAGGGGAGGAAAAGGACCCAGCGAGACACUGAUAGCAGCAGCCAACAUUAUCAACAAAGAGAAUAG